CGGUAGUUUCCUGUGACCGUACUUGUGUAAUUUCUGUCAGACAGCAGAAACAUUUCGACGGGGGAGACGGAGCUUCGUCAAAUUUGUGGACCUUAGAAGAAGUUGGGUUAAAAUGUUGUCUUCUAUUGUCGCGAAAAGGCUGGUAACCGGGAUGUGCCAGGCUGCUUGGAGACCAGCAAUCACAGGGCUGGUGUCGUCUCGUGGUUACCGCGGGGACUCUCCCGAAGACACCAAGGUUGACCUGAUUGAGAUCCCUUUGCCCCCUUGGAAGGAAAAUCCAAACGAGCCCAUCGACAUCAAGAAACGCCGCCUUCUCUACGAAAGCCGCAAGAGGGGCAUGUUGGAGAACUGCAUAUUGCUAAGCCUUUUUGCAAAGCGAUACCUGAACACAAUGACUGAGAACCAGCUAAAGCAGUAUGACAGGCUGAUUAAUGAACCAAGUAACGACUGGGACAUCUACUAUUGGGCAACAGAGGCUCAGCCCACCCCUGACGUCUACCAAGGAGAGGUCAUGGAUAUGCUGAAGGAGUUCACAAAAAACCGCAAUCAUGAACAGAGGCUGGAUGCGCCCAGCUUGGAGUACUUGGAGAAAGAAAACCAGUGAGGUCUUUGGCCUGCCAGGCCUUUUUUAGAGACUCAGUGUGUCUCAGAGUGAAUGUGAGUGUGAUAAAUCUUCACAGAAAUGCUUCAGAAGUUGAAACUUGCUCUGAAUAUAUUGUAUUAUAAAUGUGUGAUUCAGUGAUGUAUAUUCAAAUUCCUAGGUGUGCUAGAGGCUUAUUACAGAAGACACCUUUGACUAAUGGCUGCAAGAUGAUAUGUAAAUCAAUUUUACUGUGCCUAUUAUUGACAUUGUGGGUUAUUUAAUAAAUGUUAAUGCUCGUCUCUUUGCA